CGUGAAAUUUCUACUCUUGUUCGAUUUCUGUUGUGUGGGGGAUUAAGCAAUCAGUUUUCUUUUUCUGGCCUUCGGGAUUAGUUGAUAUUAUAACGGUCAGGAUAAUGUGGGUUAUUAAAAAAAAUACACGAAUUAAAUUUAAAAAACUCAAAUACUUACAUACGUAUCCCCAACCUUCUCAUGCACAUAAAGCUAAGGCUGCUAAAUAUAUUCCAUCCAUGUUACGUUUCAUACCAGCUGUUCCAUAUACCAUUCUUUCCUUUUCUCAAUUGUAAAAAGAAAAAUUCUCUAAUAUAAGAGUAAUGUGUUUAAUGUGUAAUAUAUCUCUGGCAUAUCAAGAUUUGGGAUUAAAAAAAGUCGACAUAAAAAUACGGAUUCAUGCUUAAAGAUAACAUUAAAAAAACGUCUCACAGGAAAAUAUAAAGAUUCAUACAAGAAAUCAUUUGUCUCUCUAUGCUAAUGUUUCGAGUAAAGUUAACAAUACCAAACAGAAUAAAAACCAUCGAACCUAUAAAACACCAACCAUCCUAACUCAUCUAAGUGAUAAGACUCUCUUUCUCUUGUUUUUCCUCGUUCUUCUUUGUUCUCUAUAGUUUAAAUUUAAGAAAAUCGAAUAAACCCCUACUAAUUUGAUCCAUGUUCUUAUUUCAACAAACCAACGAAGAUAGGACCCCAAAAAAGCUUACAAGGAGAGAAACCAUGCGAAAUCUCCAAACCCUUUGUCUCCCGCUGUUGUUUCGUACACUAUUUAUGGUUGGUUUCGUCACUCUUCUUAUGAUCGAUGUGUUUGUAUUACAAAACAAUAACGAAGUCGACAAAACAAAAGAGAUUACUACUGCCGCAACGAUGAACAAUUCCAUUAUACAUGCUAAGGGUGUAAAAGAAGAUCUUGUUGAUGGAUCAAAACAUGGUGAUCUUAGCUACGUUGCAAGCAAAAGAAAAGUUCCUCGUGGACCCGAUCCUAUACACAACAGAUUAUUUAUACGAUUUUUUUGGCCACCAUGUACAUUAGGUACGUCUAGAAUAGUUUUACUAUAAAUAAAUAUAAAUAUAAUUGGUUUCUUUUAGCUAACACAGAUUCGGUAAGACAUAUCACGGAGGCUCGCAAAAGGCUGUCUGCUAGCUUUAUUCAGUCUCGUUUUUAAUUACUCUAUAAGAUGGCUUCUUUUAAUAACUUUAUUUUUCCUUUACGGAAGCUUUAAAUACCAUCUUUCCCUCUCAUUUUUCUUCACCUCAUUUCUUAGUUAUAUAUAUAGAUAUAUACCCCUUAAGAUCUCAGUUGAUUAUUUUUAAAAUAAAAGCGUUUACUAUGAAUUCCAUACAUGGCCUUAAGAAUAUAAAUAUACACACAUAGAUAUAAAAUACAAGUGUUUACAAUGAAUUCCACGCAUGGCCUUAAGAAUAUAUAUAUAGUCAUAGGAUUUGAAUGUUUACAACCGCUCCGCUACGCACCACAGUUAACAGUAACAAAAAUCUUUACAUAUAUCAUAUAUCUAUACGUUUUUAUAACUGUUAAAAUCGUACCGCAGUUGAACCGCUUGUCCCGCACCGCUUAAACCGCAGUCACCAUUCGGAGCCUUAAUGUCUAUAGAAAGCUAAGAUACUCCCACGCACUUUCAUAUAGAUACUCCCAUUUAUAAAGCUGUUUUUAUUGAAGUAGUUUAAUAAAAAAUUUGUAUAUAGGCAAAUAAGAAUAGUUGACCAAAGUAGUUUAAUAAGCUUCGUCAAGUGACCCAAGUAUCACUGUAUCAGUCAAAAUUUUAAACUAGUAACAUCACUGUAGUUUAAACUUGACUAGGCUUAUUAAACUAGUAUCGAUAGAUGAACGCUGAACAUUUGUUAUCGGGUUUAUGAGAGUAACUAAUAACAUGAAUUAUUCCUUUUGAAUUAAGUAAUUAACUUGAUUAUUAAAUAUUAACUUAUGUUCUGUCUU